ACAAAUCAUAUUUUAUUUGCUUGGGAAUUCAUGCCGCGCCAUUGGUUGCCCAGCUCUUAGAGACGCGUAUAGAGGCGCGACGCUUCACCCGCGAACACCAGCAAAGAACUGGAGGUGACGGGUGAGGAGCCAUGUCUCUCGUGGCUGGAGCGACUCUUUUGAAUGGCAUCGGCCAUUUGGCGAAUUUGGGGCAGUUCGUGGAGAUUGGGCAGGGACAGGCCUUUCAACGUGAGCAGAUGCAAUGGGCGCGACGGGCUUACUGCUUGGACUCCCGGGCCCUCAGGAUCGAUCUGCUCAAUGCGGUGAAGGAGGACGUGCGGGACCAUCACCAGACCUAUGCCUCUCGCAUCGACACCUUGCUGGUGGUGCACACUCUCUUAUUGACCUUUGCCUUGGCCACGCUUCAGUAUUCAGACCAGUUCGUGCCAGUCUCAGGGUGCGUGGAAUGUGAAGAGAAUGAACAUCCCUGGCUGGUGACCUGCUGGGUGUACGCCGUGUCCGGCAUUCUGAUCCUUCCAUUCUGGGGCAUCGUGCUGCUGAUCUGGAGCAAGCUCCAACUGGAUCACUGGCUCGAGAAUUCCAUCGGUCGACUCAACGUGGAGCUGCGGCAGUCCUUGUCUGCGGACGUGAACGUGGAGUCGCUGGGUGACCGCGAGGGCACGGAGCUGCUGGAGCGCGUGGAGGGUGCGGUGACCCGCUUGAGCAGUUUCGUGGUGGAACACCAGGAGAGCUUCAAGAGAGUCUGGAACCAGGAAUGCCGCUUCAUGAUCUCAGCUGCCACGGUGUUCCUGUGGGUCUCCUGUGUGUUGGCCAUCUUGAUCACUGCAGGAAUGUUCUGGCUCUUCUUGCAGAACCACAUGACGGAUCAACACCGCCAUGCAGCCACCCACUUCGCCCUCUGUACGAUCUUGGGGCUCCUGGCACCGGUGGCCUACGGCCUCUACUUCCGCCUGCCCUGGCCCUUGCGCGGUCCGCAAGGGGGACACCUCCACGGCCGGACGGUGGAGUCGCCCACCUUCGAGGUUCAUCCGAACACGACCUACGUAAGCUUUGGGUAUGGCUCCCAGCGCCAGGAUUGUAUUGAACCGCCCGAAGGCCAAACGCUGUCGGUGUCCCGUUCGGUGUCCAGCAGCGUGUCCAGCGCCUCCUCCCAUGCCGCCGCCCUCCUGGCCGCCCUGGGGCGACGGGCGCACACCGCGCUGCGGCCUGGUGGCGCCCGCGAAGGCACCAACCUGGACGAUUCCGGCGUGCUCAUGGCCGAACUGCCUUCAGGCCUACCAACCCUGGAGGACGACCUGAGAUUCAGCGAGAUGACCUGAGAAAGGGAGAUGCGACGAUGCGCCGCGACGGACGCCGCCGUCUGGGUCCACGUGCCAUGACGUGAUCUCGUUUGGGGGUCGGCGAUGGUCGGUGCACGGCGGUCGACCGACAGGGUGAAAGGGUCCCAUAUGGAUGGAGAUCUUGGUGCUAUAGGAUCCAGUUGCGGGCGCCAGAGUGAAUAGGGAUAAGACGGAAAGAUUCUCGCGUCCGCGGGUGACGCAAGGACUUCUUGAAUUUUGGUGAGGAGUGAAGAGUGUUUCGCUGGCCUUAGGUCUAGAAAGGGAGAAUGUCAUUCGACUAGAUCUCACUGGAAGUCAUCCGAUUGACAGGACUUUUCUCGUCACAAGAUUCCUUGGGGCUUAGAGUUGACAACUGGCAGAACCAUCUAUUGUUCUUGGAAUGCGAAAGACGCUCGGAUCACGUGCGUGUCCCAAAAGAAUCCAAAAAUGAUCAC